CCAAAGACUGCAAAUAAUGUGAGUACAAAUGGUGUUGAACUUUUUUAUCCCCAACAUUUGUCAACAAAACUUCAUGGUAUACUGCCACAAUUGACAUCUGAGACAUUUAUAUACAAUCCUAGAACUAGGUUAAUGUUUCUUGCUCAUUCCUAACAUCACACGGACCGUUAGAGCUCAACAAUAUUAAUUAAAAACAAAACAAAAAAAUAUAGAAAAAGUAUGAGACACAUUUUUAGUGGUCAUUUCUGCAUGUCUUUUUCACUUAAACAAAUCUUUUAAAAAAUUGCUGCAGUCUAUACAUAAUAACCUUGUUCUCUUACGAAUGGAAACGUGUGCAUCGUGUCAUUCAGAGACUAGGGGAGAUCAUGGAGAAAGGCGAGUUCCUGAGAAUACAUGUGGAGGGAGGAGGCUGCUCUGGGUUCCAGUACAAAUUUUCUAUCGACAGCAACAAGAAUGAGGAGGACAGAGUGUUCGAGCAGGGAGGAGUGGGCGUUGUCGUGGACCAGGACAGCCUGGAGUUUGUGAAAGGAGCCACUGUGGACUUCAGUCAGGAGCUGAUCCGUUCCACCUUCCAAGUGCUGAAGAAUCCUCAGGCUGAUCACGGCUGCUCCUGUGGCAGCUCCUUCUCUGUCAAACUAUGAUCCCGCUUCACUGACUACUGCACCACUGUUACUCAACACUCACAUUUAACAGUUUGUCGGGUACACAUGUACAAAAUACAACGUAAUAUUAGAGGUACUUCUCUAAUGGUAAGACAAAAAGUGUACUUUAUAAACUGGUAACUUCGCAUUAUAUCAGACUAUAUGUGAUCUGUUGAAUUCCUAAUUCAAUUCACUAUAAAUUACAUAUAGUGAUACUGAAACUGGCAGGCAGUUUAUUUAAUUUGCUUUUUUUGUUUGUGUGAAAAUUACCAGAACUGCAGAUGAAUUAAUGAACAACAGAUACAUCAAUUAAUAAGUGUACUACUUCGAUGUGUAGUCAACUACAUCAUUGACAGGUCACAAUAUUCCACCAUAAACGCUCACUUUAAAUGUUUUUAGUGCGUAGAUUAGCCUUUGUAUGUAAAAUAUGUAAAUAGGCCAUAACUAUAAAGUUCAAAGCUAUAUUUUAUUUGUUCCAUGUGGAAUAAAUAAAAGUGAUUUUAAGAUA